AUGCCGCACCGACACAAAUUGAGAGAAAUAAAAAACAAUUUAUGCAACGUAUUUGCAAAUCUAGAACGUUUAGAGAAUUUAUGCAAUGGACCUCCAAAUGACUUUGAUUUGGAGCACUCUUUGGAGCUGCAACGAUGCACAACAGCAAUGCUGGCGCAGCUGGCGGAUUUGCCGUGUGAGAAAAUUACACGCACACAACAACAACGCCAACGAAGACGUCACAAAGCAAAACAAAAAAUGAAGCUUCAAAAGCUCGCGAAGAAGAGAGCAACAAGGAACUCCAAGGGUACAGCGAUCCACACCGAAUCCAAUGAAACAUCUACAACGGUGGAGCAGAGACAAGCAGAACAUAUUACACUGAAGAAAUUGCACAGCGCCAAAAAUAUUCUCCACACAUUGGAUUUGCUGGAGAGAUUGUUCAAGGCGCGCGGCGGCAACAAAGACAUCGCACACAAACUGGCCAAAUUGCGCACAGUUUGGGGACGAGUCCGACAGGAGUGUAAAAAUGCCAACGCUGCAGAGACCACCACGAACUUUAACGCACAAUGGGCUGGAGUUAUAUUUGGAAGCACGUCUCUCACGUUGGAGCCGGGGAAACAGAAAACACAAGAGUUGCUGGAGCGACGCAUCGUUUGGGACUCGUAUACAAGUUAUGGCAAGGGGAGCAGCUGCAUACCUAGCGGCUGGGUGUUGCCACCUGAGCACUGCACGGCGGAGUGGAUGAAGUUUAAAUGUAAAUAAAAUGUAUACAAUCACAUAUAGA